CAUACACAAAUAUAGAAGAACAUGUUAAACUUCAUUUCAUAGAGCAUAAGUGAGAGCUAAAGGACCUUAGGCCUUAUACAUUUCUUCAUUUUUCUUCCACUGUAUCUGUAAUCAUCUUUAAAAGAGUGGAGUUCAUUAGACAGAAGCACAGAUGGCUGCGGACAGCGAUGACAGUAAAGUUGCCUACAAGCAGCUUUUUGGGGAUAGCACCCAAUCCAUCUUUUCAGUUCAUGCAUUGAGAAACAACCCCUUCAAGGUUGCUACAGUUUGCCUCGGGCUGCUGGCUAUUGUCCUGCUGGCUGGAGUCAUAGGUCAAAGUGUGCACUAUCAAAAUGUAGAGCGAGACCGUCAGAACAGUUUAAUGGCAAUGAGUGAGGAGAAAGAUGGCCUGCAACAGAGCCUGAAUGCAGCACAAAAAGAGAAAAAGAAUCUGGAAGCCGACUGUAUUAAUUUACAGCGAAAUUAUGACACCUUUUCUACAACGAAAGACCAAUUACAGAUGAGUUACCACCGACUGAGUGAGGAAACAUACAAAUUGACACUUAGUCAAAACCAGUUAAAGACCGAACAUGUUGCUUUAAACAAAGAGUUAGAACAGCUAAAAGCAUCUAAAGACCAACUGCAGACAAACACCAGUACCUUGAGUACAGCCAAAAACGUGUUACAAAAACAAUAUGAUUCAGUUCUCAAACACAGAAAAGAGUUACAGGCCAGUUAUGACUCAACCACCAAAGAAAGGGACAACUUACAGAACAAGUUCAAUAAUGUAACCAGAGCCAGAGAGCAGCUCCAGUUAAGCUACAAUGACUUGAUCACAAGAGUAGAAUAUUUGCAGGGCAGAUAUAAUGCGUCUGUCGGUGAGAAAGACAAGAUAGCAAGCAGUCACCAAAACCUGAUGUCAGCAAGGGACACACUGGAGGCUUCUUAUGAUUUAGUUAAAAAGGCAGAAAAGGAGUUGCAGGCUUCUUAUGCAUCACUGCUUCGGGAAAAAAACGACAUUGAAAGCAGCGUGAAGAACGUAACGGCGGAAAGAGACCUGUUGAAGGUGAAAAACGACAAUUUGACUGCUGAGAGAGACCAGCUUCUGGCAAAAGUUAACAAUCUGAACAGAGUCAUUCGAGAGAAGAAAUGCCACACCGGCUGGAGGAAGUUCCAGGACAGCUGCUACUAUGCUUCUUCGAGCAAGAAAAGCUGGUCCUCGGCCAGAACAUUCUGUAACAAUAAAGAUGCAGACCUGACAGUCAUAACGAGCCAAGAGGAAAUGGACUUCGUCAACACCUUGUAUACCAGUGACAGAGAAGUUUGGAUUGGACUGACAGAUAAAGAAACAGAGGGGCAGUGGAAAUGGGUAGAUGGGACACCGCUGAGCAAAUCGUUCUGGGGUAGUGGCCAACCCAACAGCUAUGACGGGAGGAACCAGGACUGUGUGGAGUUCUGGCGCCGUGGAUCAAAAAACGCAGAGUGGAAUGAUGAAGGCUGUGAUUAUGAACGAUACUGGGUCUGUGAGAUGUAGUUUUCCUGCAGAGAGAGGAUUGAGGUGUUAGUUACAUUCUGCAGCACGAUAUGUGACCAGUUUAUACACAGUGAUACAAAGCAUUGCCAACAGCUGAAGCCUGAAAUGGACUCUUUUGCAAUAAGUAAUGCUUUAUGGACUUAAAUUUAGCAGGCAGCUGACCAAAUGGAUAGAUGUAGGUUGUUUUGAGCAAACUACAUUGUGAAUGUGGGACUAUGACUGGUGCAGAUGGAUCUGGGUUUUCCCUUAAAUAUCUGUACAUACUGUACCAACUAUUCUGUCCGCAAAAUAACUAAUUUCUACAUUUACUAAUUAUAUGUGAGAGCUUUUUGUCCCAUGUUAAACCAAGACAGCUCUGUAGAGGGAGACACAUCUCACAGUUUUCCCAUAGCUUAAGAAUAAACAUCUGUGCUCAAAGUUCUUUAGUGCCUUUUUGUUGUCCUAACAUAAAAAAACUUGAUUAAACUUUUAAAACUGA